AUGAGGCCUGUACUGUUGCAAGGCCAUGAGCGGUCGAUUAAUCAGAUCAAGUACAACAAAGAAGGCGAUCUACUGUUCUCGGUAGCAAAAGACAAGGUCAUCUGUGCCUGGUAUACCAGCAAUGGAGAAAGAUUAGGAACAUACAACGGCCACCAGGGUGCAAUUUGGACCGUCGAUGUGUCUCCCGACUCGACUCUUCUCGCCUCUGGAGCGGCCGACAACACGAUAAAGCUGUGGAACGUGAAGACGGGAGAAUGUGUCAAGACCUGGGAGUUUCCGACUGCCGUCAAACGUGUCGAGUUUAGCGAGGACGGGAAACAGCUGCUUGCUGUGACCGAAAAGCGCAUGGGCUAUCUCGGAACAAUUGUUGUCUACGACAUCCGAUACGGAGAAGACCUUACAGACCAGACCGAUGAGCACAGUUUGAAAAUCACCUGCGAAGACAGCAAGGCCACCGUCGCCGGAUGGAGUUAUCUGGACAAAUACAUCAUUUCUGCCCAUGAGGAUGGGACAGUGGCACAGUGGGAUGCAAAGACCGGCGAGAACUUGCAGGUUGUGGAGGCGCACGAAUAUGAUACGACUAUCAACGAUUUGCAAUUUUCGCCCGACAGAACCUACUUCAUCACCGCUGGUAAAGACAAGACUGCGAAGCUCAUAGCUUCGCGCGACCUAAGCAUUCUCAAGACGUAUGUCGCCGACACGCCGCUCAACACUGCGGCCAUCACGCCCAAGAAAGAUUUUGUUAUUCUAGGUGGAGGCCAAGCUGCCAUGGACGUUACCACGACAUCAGCCCGACAAGGCAAAUUCGAAGCACGAUUCUACCACAAGAUCUUUGAGGACGAAAUUGGCCGUAUCAAGGGUCACUUCGGGCCACUGAACACCAUCGCAGUACACCCACUCGGGACAGGGUAUGGUAGUGGAGGUGAAGACGGCUACGUGAGGCUGCACGCCUUCGACAAACCCUACUUCGACUUCAUGUAUGAGGUUGAGAGAGAACAAGCACGAAAAUGA